UUAAAUUGAUUGACACCGUGAGCUCAUCAAAGUGGGACGUUUAUCAAAUUUAAAAAUGGGCGUGACUACUAAUCGACAAGAUCAAUAUUCGUAUACAAAUUCAGUUUGAGGUUAUGUGUGAGUUCUUAGAUGUGAUGUUGUUCCAAACAAUUAACUUCGUUCAUCAAAACAUACAUAUAAGGGAUUUGGAGUAUCAAACAAUCGGAGUUUUACUGAGCCUCCAAAUAGCUACAAUUUUGGCCUCUUCACCCACCGAAAAAAUUCAAAAAGAGGAGCUUUCACAGCAAAAUUACAACGCAAGCUAUCUGGACGAUCAACUCUUUCAUCAUGCAUCAAGUUUGAUCAAACAUCCGAAUGAGACCGCAGAAUGGUACAAUAAAACAACCUCUCGAUCCCAAAAAGAUGCCGCAGUACCAUAUUGGCUCUCAAAGGCACCGUCAUUCUCAACGCAUCUGAUCAAACAUGACUUCGUGCGGUUCGAGGAAGGAAUGAACGACGCUCUCGUGGCAAUGAACAACACGGUGAACAACGCUACUAAUUGGGAGGAGCUCGACUGGUUCAAAAUGAUCAUCGCCCUAUCAUUCAGCGGGGUCGGUGAUUUCUGGGAGGUGACAACCGGAGACCAACCACCGAACGGGACAAUAUGUCAUCUGAUGGUGCCAAAGGGUGACGAGGAAACCAAAAAAGACUGGUUUUUCUUCUGCUACGGACUGUGUGACACGGAGAGGGGAAUGCGAGAGAUGGCGAAGCAAGAACUGUUGAACAUGAUUGCCGAGGGUUUGGGAGAAGACUUGCGCGACUAUGUCCCGACAGCUCGACGUCUUUUCCGAAUUUUCAUCGCUUUUCACGGUCCUGCGGGUGCUGUGGAACACGAAGGCCCUGUCGAAUUGCGAGAGCCCGAUUACACCAGUAUGCCUUCGACGGAAAUCAUUCAACAUUCCGAUUG